AUGCAAUAUAUUGAAAUGUGCGCUUUUAUUUUGAAAGUUUCGUCAUUGCCAUAUGAUUAUGACGUCAUCGCUGGCACCGAACUGAAAAGUCAGAUCAUCAAGCUUGACUCUCACAACACGACCAAAAUCGCUACGAAUUCCAUCUCUGAGGACUGUACACAUUCUUGACCAAGAGGAGCUGACAAGGUGUUCAAAAGAAAAAGGGAUUCUGACAUGCACUGGCAGAAAUCGCCAAAGGAGAAGCCGUGUUACACUCUGCCCACAGUGAAGAAACUCCUGGAGCAGAAGAGGAAAAGGGAGAACACUUCGACGGCAACUGCCAGCACUGGUGUCCCCGCUGCUUCUGUCCCCUCCAAACAGGUGUCGAUACCAGAGCCGUGUACUUCUACAGGUGCAGCCAGCAGCUUCCCAGACAUGGCAGUUGGGUAUGAGAGAUGGAGUCCUAUGGACAUGCACCAGUCCCCAUCAGCCAUACAGGACACCCAAUUUUCCCCUAUGGGGAUCAAUUACUUCCCUAGCCCGUCCACCUCAGUGGACUACAGCCAUUCUCAGGCCUUCAGCUCUCCCAUGGCACUCAACUACCACACACCACAGAUUCCAGACUACACAGACAGCGUGAUGCCUCAACAUUACACAGAGUGUCCAGUGACAGAGGCUGUGUCUACUUUGGUUCCCUCUGGGCCCUACUGGUCGGGGGCCCGUGCCCUGGGCCCCACAGAAGCAGUCCCGCAGGUGUUGAGUGACCGGAUGGACGUCACCAAGCUGGAAGAAGCCAGGAUGUUCCUUAGAGGGAUGGACUACAACAGGGCCACCUGGCAGGAUGAUGAUGGAGACACGAUUCUGCAUAUCUACGCAGCCAAGGGCCUAAGGGAGAAUGCACUCGCUGCAGCAGAACGAUUUGCUGAGCUGGGCAGGCUAGAUUACAAGGAACACAAGGGGAAGACUGCUUUGCUGGUGGCGGUGACAGCUAACCAUCCAGAAAUCGUCCAGGAUCUGUUGUCUUUAGGAGCAGAUAUAAAUGCUUCUGAUGUCAACGGUCAAACAGCCCUUCACUUGGCUGCCAUCUAUGGCUUUCCCAGGGUUAUGCAGGUUAUUCUCUCCAUUGGGCCUGGAGUGAACCUAGAGGCCUGCAAUUAUGAAGGUCUGACUCCUUUGCAUUGUGCUGCCAUCUCCCAUGGUGGCAUCAUGAAGGCUCUUUCCUCCUCCCAGCGGCUAGAUAAUGCCGGCCUUCAUGCCAUGGCAGAGGAGACUCUCUCCUGUCUGCAGAUGUUACUCAACACGGGAGCCUCCUUGACAAGCCAGGAAAUAAAGAGUAACAAGACUGUUCUUCACCUGGCUGUGAAGGAGGGGAAUGUCCACUUGGUCCGCUACCUGCUGAGGAUCCCUCUGGCCAACAUGAGGGACUUUGUCAACAUGAAGGCCCAUGGUCACACCGCACUGCACAUGGCCGCUGGUCUUCAUGCAAGCCCCCACCAGGAGGAGAUACUGAAACUGCUUCUGAACCAAGGGGCCGACCCCAGCGUACGCAACCUGGAGAAUGAUCAGCCUGCACACUUGUUGCAGAGUGGACCCCGCGGGGAACAGCUGAAGCUCAUCCUGAAGAAGCAAAGUGCUUCCUCUCGUCGACGUGUGAUGUCCUUACAGGACCAAUAGUGACCUGGACUACGUUUUUGUGUCCUUGUGUAUCCCUUCACCUCUUUCAAAGGAAAGAACUGAAGCUCUGGCCUGUAGGCUGAAUCCAGACUUCUCUCCUUCCAAGAGGGAGGGAUUUUAACGUAUCUUCAUGUGAGGAUUUACAAAGAAACCAAAUCUCUAAUUUAUUCUAGGGCAUUCCAUUAUGAACGAUGUUUGUUUGACAUGGUUUUGGUCAGCAUCUGAAUUUAGUUAGCUAUGGCAUAAAUUGUUGUAGCUUAACCGUAGCUUGUUUUUCUAUUUUAUAUAAUGGGUAUCUAGUUCGACCAGUUCAAUGACCAACUUGUAAACAACAGUAAUAGUUGGUAAUCCAGUUCUCUUGAUGUUAGUCAGUUCAAGCUUGAUUUCUAUGAAAUCAUUUACAUUACUUUCAAAAUUGCCCAGUUAGAGUGAGUAUUCCCCCAAGUGAGGAAUCCCUCCACUGACUAAGGUAUUUCUGAGGUGGAUUUCUCAACCACCCCUCCAACUCACUCUCUUGACAAAACUUCCCACCAUGGUCUGAAAUCAUAUUGGUUUGUUAAAUGGUGGUAGUGGUUUCAAUAAGCAUGGGACACAGUGUACCAUUGUGCUCAUGAUUUUACUUUACAUGUCUUUACUUUACAUAGUAACAGUGCACAUUUAUAACUACAGUUGGUCCCAAUUAUUGACACACUUGACAAAAAACAGUUAUAUUGUCAUUUUCCAUAAUGACGAAUGUAUUGUAGUUUAUUAAUGAUUCAAACCAAUCAAUCAAAAAUUGCAUGAGUUUAUUUCCCCAGAAAUAAGUUUCUAAAUUAUUGUUAAACUUGUUUUCAGUACAUUGUGCUACCCUUUCAAAGAUAACAACACUGAAUCACUUCCUAUAAUUUUUUUAGAAUAGAGAACACAUUGGGAAAGGUUCGAAGACCAUUCCUCCAUACAGAAUCCUUCCAUGUCCUUAAGAUCCAUUGGCUUGCAUUAACCCGCAGUCUUUUUAAAAUUAAAACCACAGGUUUUCAAUGGGAUUGAAAUCUAGAAAUGGACCUGGCAUAAUGUUGACUCUGUGGACCAUUGGGGGACAAAUAACAUGAUGAUCUAAGAUCUAUCACUGUAUUAUUCAGUAGGUAUUGUUUUCUUUUCUGCUAAUUCAUUCUCAUUUUAACACCAAAUAAUUACUGUUUAAGUCAUCCAACAAAUGUAAACACAUUUUGAACUUGGGUUUAAACUGUUACUUUGGUUUGAUUACAUGAAAAUAGAACUCUUUGGCCACCCACAUCAUUUGUUGUUUUGGCAUCGAAAUGAAAACAAGGAUGCCAAUAAUUAAACUACAUUUAUAAUUUGAGGAACGUAUAAUUUUGGGUGAUUCUCGUGAACCAUUCAUUUACCCCAUAUUGUUUAUCUCAAUGUCUCUUUUUAUACAGCCUUUUUAUACAUUAAUCAAAGAUGCAUUUUGGUCUGAUUUGUAUUUUCUUCUUCAAACUGUAACUUAUGGAAAUAUUUCAUUUGUUAUGUAUUGGGAGUAUGUUGAUAUUGACCACAAAUACUGUAUUACAUAUCAGUGUUUACAAUGUACAACCAGUAGUAUUUAUUUUUUUCAAGGGCAUUGUGUGAAGACUUUUUCAGUAUAGUGACAAUUCAUUUCAAAAUAAACAAAUUAGGUGUUUUCAAAAGAAAUGUGUUAGUCAUUUUGGCGGUUGCUUUUAUCCAGAGCAAAUGACCUUUAUUUUCUUAAGUUUUUCAUACUGGCCCCUGCAGGAAUUGAAACCUAACCCUGGGGUUGUCAGCACCUUGCUCUAGCAACUAAGCUAACAUGACUCAAACAUGACAAACAUGACUCAUGAUUCAAAAUACCACACCCAUGUUUUGAGAUACCAAUAAAGCAACUGUCAUUGUGCCCAGUGGGCCUUGUGAAUCUUCAUCAGUGCAAACAGAAUUCAGUAGUGUCUGUACUAAAAAUAUUAUUCCUGUACCAUAGUACUUGGAGUUUGUAAGACUGUUCUCAACUUUUCACUGAAUGUAACCUUCUGAUUUAAUGAACUGCCUAAACUUAAUACUGGCAUAAAAUAUUUUCUUCCAAUACCUAUUUCUUCUCCAUGUUAUCCUUUAUUUUACUUCACAAGUAUGUAUUGAUAAAUGUCAAGAUAAUAAUAGUAAAUAACAACAAUAAAUCAAUUAGACCAUUUUAUAUACUGCACGUUAUGCAGCAGCUGUCUUAUUAAUAGCUUGUGAGAAUCAUUGAUUCACUAUUGGUUAACUGUUACAUUACUGAAUCCGUAAGAAGCAUAGC